AUGACUUCCCACCCCUCGAUGCUCACCAAGUUCGAGUCCAAGUCCUCGCGCGCCAAAGGCAUUGCCUUCCACCCCAAGCGACCAUGGAUCCUAGUCUCCCUUCACUCUUCGACCAUCCAGCUAUGGGACUACCGUAUGGGAACCCUCAUAGAUCGCUUCGAGGAGCACGAUGGACCAGUCCGAGGAAUUGACUUCCACAAGACCCAGCCUCUCUUCGUGUCUGGCGGUGACGAUUACAAGAUCAAGGUCUGGUCGUAUCAGACGAGGCGAUGCCUAUUUACGCUAAACGGUCAUCUGGAUUAUGUCCGAACCGUCUUCUUCCACCACGAGCUACCCUGGAUCAUUUCCAGCUCAGAUGACCAGACCAUUCGCAUCUGGAACUGGCAGAACAGGUCGCUAAUCUGCACAAUGACUGGUCACAACCACUACACCAUGUGCGCUCAAUUCCAUCCCAAAGAGGACCUCGUUGUUUCGGCUUCUCUGGAUCAGUCAGUAAGAGUUUGGGAUAUCUCAGGCCUGCGCAAGAAGCAUUCCGCACCCACAUCUAUGUCUUUCGAGGACCAAAUAUCGCGGGCGAACCAGAACCAGGCAGACAUGUUUGGCAACACAGAUGCGGUGGUCAAGUUCGUGCUGGAGGGACACGACCGGGGCGUCAACUGGGUUGCGUUCCAUCCGACCCUGCCAUUGAUCGUGUCUGCGGGUGAUGACAGGUUGGUGAAGCUUUGGAGGAUGAGCGAGACCAAGGCAUGGGAGGUCGACACCUGCAGAGGCCAUUUCCAGAAUGCGUCAGCAUGUCUGUUCCACCCCCACCAGGACCUUAUACUUUCAGUCGGCGAGGACAAGACCAUUCGCGUAUGGGAUCUCAACCGGAGAACAUCAGUCCAAUCUUUCAAGCGUGAGAAUGACCGAUUCUGGGUGAUCGCAGCUCACCCUGAAAUCAACUUGUUUGCAGCAGGUCACGACAACGGUGUGAUGGUUUUCAAGCUUGAACGCGAGCGGCCAGCAUCUGCUGUGUACCAGAGUAACCUCUUCUUCAUCACCAAGGAGAAGCACGUGCGGUCCUACGAUUUCACGAAGAAUGUCGAGAGCCCAUCGAUGCUCUCACUGAAGAAGCUUGGCAACCCAUGGAUUCCACCUCGCACCCUCUCAUACAACCCAGCCGAGCGGUCUAUCCUUGUCACUACUCCAGCAGAGGCUGGCACAUACGAGAUGAUGAGCCUACCACGAGAUGCAUCUGGCGCUGUCGAACCCACCAGCACUCAUCGUGGUACUGGCUCGGCUGCAGUCUUCGUCGCCCGAAAUCGCUUCGCUGUCUUUAACUCCCAGAACCAACAGAUUGACAUCAAGGACCUUCAGAACACCACAACCAAGACCAUCAAGCCGCCGGCCGGUACUACUGACAUGGUCUUUGGCGGUACAGGGUGCCUGCUGCUCAUCACCGCCACCCACGUCUACCUGUAUGACAUUCAGCAGAAGAAGCAGCUUGCCGAACUCGCUGUCACUGGCGUCAAGUAUGUCGUCUGGUCAUCAGACGGCUUGCAUGCGGCGCUUUUGAGCAAGCACAACGUUACGAUCGUCAACAAGUCGCUCGAGCAAAUCAGCACUCUUCACGAGACGAUUCGUAUCAAGAGUGCUUGUUGGGACGAUGCUGGCGUACUCCUCUACUCCACCCUGAACCACAUCAAGUACGCCCUCAUGAACGGAGAUAAUGGCAUUGUGCGGACUCUCGAGCACGUGGUAUACCUUGUCCGCGUAAAAGGCCGAAGCGUGUACUGCCUUGACCGAGCUGCCAAACCCAAGGUGCUCACGAUUGACCCUACCGAAUACCGCUUCAAGCUAGCGCUAGUGAAGAGGCACUACGACGAGAUGCUGAACAUCAUCAAGACAUCGAGCUUGGUUGGCCAGAGCAUCAUCUCUUACCUGCAAAAGAAGGGCUAUCCUGAGAUCGCCCUGCAGUUCGUGCAAGAUCCUCAAACCCGAUUCGAGCUCGCUAUUGAGUGCGGCAACCUCGACGUUGCUGUUGAGAUGGCGAAGCAACUCGAUCGACCUCAGCUGUGGCAACGUUUGAGCACCGAAGCCCUUGCACAUGGCAACCACCAAGUCGUGGAGAUGACCUACCAAAAGCUGCGCAACUUUGACAAGCUAUCGUUCCUCUACCUCGCCACUGGCGACCAAGGCAAGCUCAACCGAAUGGCAAAGAUUGCCGAACAUCGUGGCGACAUGACCAGUCGUUUCCAGAAUUCCAUCUACCUCGGUGACGUGCAGGGUCGGAUAGAGAUGCUCAAGGAAGUCGACCAGUACCCUCUCGCAUAUCUGACUGCUAAAUCCCAUGGACUUGAUGAGGAAUGUCAAGCCAUCUUGGAGGCCAGCGGCUUGACUGAAGAGGAGAUCAGCCUUCCUACAGUUGGAAAGCCGGUCUCACCUCCCAAAGCUGUUGCACCCACUUUCAAGACCAACUGGCCUGUCAAGUCAAGCGGUGCAAGCUCAUUCGAGAAGGCCCUCAUGGCUGAUGGAGACGAAGCUGCCGUGGCAGAUACCAAUGGCUUCGCUGAGGAAGACCUUCUCGCCGAAGAGGAAGCCGCCCCUGGCACUGGCGCACUGGACGAUGUGGAAGAUGACGAUGCUGCGGCUGGCUGGGAUAUGGGUGACGAUGCUGUUCCGGAGGUGGAAGACGAUUUCGUCAACGUGGAGAGCGCAGAAGCCGGUGCGGGCGGUAGUGAAGCAGAUCUAUGGGCACGAAACUCUCCUCUCGCAGCGGAUCACGCAGCAGCUGGCAGCUUCGACAGUGCGAUGAACCUGCUGAACCGACAGGUCGGCGCCGUCAACUUCAAGCCACUCGAGGAACGGUUCCUGGAAAUCUACCAAGCAACACGGACGUAUCUUCCCGCCAACCCUGGAAUGCCACCUUUGGUCAACUAUGUUCGCAGGACCCUCAACGAGACCGAUUCGCGAAAAGUUCUACCUCUUAUUCCUCGUGACCUGGAAUCCAUCUUGGCUACGGAGAUCGCCGGCGGCAAGAACGCGAUGAAGGCAAACAAGCUCGAAGACGGUGUUGCGCUUUUCAAGAAGGCUCUGCAUCUUCUCCUGGUUAACGCUGUCACGUCGCCAGGCGAGGUGCAGGAGGCACAGGCUGCGAUACGCCAAGCAUCAAACUAUAUUCUGGCAAUGUCUAUCGAACUCGGGCGACGAAAGAUUGUUGGAAGCGCCUCAGAUCUCAGCUCUUUCUCCGACGAGAAGAAGAAGCGAAUUCUUGAACUCUCGGCUUACUUUACAGUUCCGGAGAUGGAGCCCCAGCAUCAGACGCUGGCGCUUUUCUCCGCCAUGAACUUUGCCAACAAGAACAAGCAGAUGGGAAGCGUGUUGAACUUCGCCAAUGCUCUCAUCGAGCGUGGCACCAACGCCAAGUUCAAGGAGACGGCCCGCAAGAUGAAAGCCGUCGCCGAACGCUCCCCCACCGACCCGAUCGAAGUCGAGUUCGACACCUUCGGCGAGUUCGACAUCUGCGGCGCAUCAUACACGCCCAUCUACGCCGGCGAACCGAGCGUGGCGUCUCCUUACUCCGGCACCAAGUACCACACCAAGUACAAGGGUAUGGUGUGCAGGAUUGAUGAUGUCGCGGCGAUUGGCGCCCCGAGCAGUGGAUUGCGGUUGACGGUGUAA